CGAAACUGAGCUGAGCUAUUUGAACAAGAGUCGACUGCAAACUCAGCCCGAAGGACGGUCCAACGCUAACUGGAAAGGAGUUGGUCCCUGAUCUUGAGUGAGUGUCUCUAUCAGUGUAUCACUUGGAUUGAUAAAUAUGUAAGGUGUUUGCUUUGUCAGAAGCGAUACCAAAAUGGCAUCCAGCUACGAUGAAAUGAGUCCGAAGGACUUGCUUGCAGUUUAUUACGGCCGGUUGUUUCCAUAUACACCAUUCUACCGCUGGCUUUCCUAUGGUGGACUGAGGAAGAAUUACCUGGCAAAUAGAGAGUUUUCAUUUACAUUGGAUGGAGAUAUCUACAUCCGCUACUUGUCUUUCUCUGAGCAGUCUGAUUUUGAGAAAGAACUGCAGCAGAAAAACCCCUGUAAGAUCGACAUCGGAGCAGUAUUUUCUCACAAGCCCAGAGACCACAAGGCUGUCCAGGCAUCAGCAUUUCGUGCGGAGGAGAAGGAGCUGGUGUUUGAUAUUGACAUGACCGACUACGACGACGUGAGAAACUGCUGCAGUGGAGCGGCAAUCUGCGAGAAGUGCUGGCCACUGAUGACUGUAGCCAUUCACAUCCUACACCGAGCUCUGACCGUGGAUUUUGGAUACAAGCACUUGCUGUUUGUGUACAGUGGCCGUAGAGGUGUACAUUGCUGGGUGUGCGAUGAGGCGGCACGGCAGCUGAGCGCGUCAGGCCGCAGUGCCAUCGCCGAGUACUUGAGCGUCAUCAAGGGCGGCGAGUGUCAAACAAAGAAAGUUCAACUUCGUGGGUCAUCCAUGCACUCUUCACUGCAGCAUGCCAGUCAGGUGAUCAAGAAAUACUUCCCCACGCUGGCCCUUGAGAAUCAGGACAUACUCGGCACGCCAGAGCGUUAUGAGAAAGUCUUAUCGCUCAUCCCCAGCGAAGACGUACGGAAAUUCCUCCGUGAGAAAUGGAGCCACAAGUCUGCUGCGACUUCCUUUGAUCGUUGGAGUGAGCUGGAAAGCGCUGUUGCUAACCAGAGCUCCAAAGACAUGACACACUGCAUUGAGGAAAUCCAGUUCCAGUACACCUAUCCUCGACUGGAUGUGAACGUCAGCAAAGGUGUCAACCAUUUACUGAAGAGCCCUUUCUCUGUGCAUCCGAAAACAGGCAGGGUUUGUGUGCCAAUCAGCUAUGCUGCCGUUGAUAGCUUUGAUCCAUUCACGGUUCCCACGGUCAAUGAGCUAUGCCGUCAACUGGAUGAAUGCGUUGCAAAGGAGGCCGAGGCAGACAGUGAGCAGGAUGCUGUCGAGCCUGGGCGAAAGCGGAAACGAAUGCCUGAAUGGGCGAAAACGGAACUGGAGCAGGCAGUCUCGAUCUUUAGCGACUUUGUGAAGAAGAUGGAAUUGGAAUGGCAUGCAGCGAAGCAGGAGUCCAGGGACAUGGAUAUGUCAUGGUAGGUUCAACAACUAUCUCAGACAUCAUUCUAGAUUUGGUCACUUCUCACACACAUACAUACACGCACGCGCGCUCACACCUCAGACAUGCACGUGCGCGCACACAUGCACGCACACGCACACUUAACCUUUCUUAGACACAAGACCCUGUCAUAAAACUCAUGAUACAAAUUAACAAUACUGUCCUAUCAGCACGUUCUGCUGUGCUCUGCUCUCUUGGACGCACAAAAUUCUCUUUUCUUCUUUCUUUUUUUUACAGUUGAGGCUGCGUGUACAGAUCUUCUUUGUCAUGACUCUCGUGACAACGCUGCAUCAGUGCUCUGCUGCAUCGCAUGUACUUCAAUUUCCAGAAACACUUUGUCUCUCAUGUGCCUCCCGUGUGAUAAUGCUGCACGUAAAAGUCCAAUCCGUCAACUUUGCGAAUAGUGACCCCCCCCCCGAGAGAGAGAGAGAGAGAGAGAGAGAGAGAGAGAGAGAGAGAGAGAGAGAGAAUCAAUAGUUUCCCGAGCAUGCAUAAUGCAGCAGCCAGCCCUGACUAGCCAUGCACUGUUUUUUUCUUUUCUCUCUUUCUCACAUGUACGUGUACAAGUUCUACACCAGCAUAGAAUAAUUAUGGACAAUCCACCAACAUAAGUAGCACAGUUCACAAGAGACAGAA